AUGGCCCACAGUACGCCCUCUAUUUCCCAGAACGGCGGAUCUCAGCAGUACCAAGUGCUGCUAUUUGGCGAUUUGUCGUCGUCGGGAUUUGAGGAGGAGCUUCGACGUCUGUUGCAUAUUAAGACCAACCCCCUUCUAUCUUCCUUCCUAGAACAAGUCGGCUUGUCUCUCAGGAGACUCAUAGGCAACUUACCCUCUCGACAACAAGACCUGUUCCCUCGCUUUACGACCAUCAUUGAUCUCGUACCUUGGAUUGGGGGCACUCCAGGCACGCCAGUCCUCAGAUUUUUCGCAUUAUGCGUUUAUGAGAUUGCACAAUUUAUUGUAAGAUAUAGCAGCGAUUCCAACUCAUAUCCCUUGCCUACGCGUACAUGUAUUAUUGGAUCUUGCACGGGAGCUUUUGCUGCCGCGGCUAUCAGCUGUUCUCAGACACUACCGGAAUUAAUUCCAGUCGCUGUGGAAGCGUCCUUAGCCGCGUUUAGGACUGCACUCUGCUCUUGGUUAGCAGGUCAAUAUGAGUCUUCGCAACAGGCCACAGGUACAUCAUGGUCGGCUGCUGUCAGACCGAAAGACAUGAAUGAUUCAGUGGACUAUCUGCUGAAAGAACUAGGUGCUGCUGGGACAGACUGUGGACGCUCCAGGCUUUACAUAAGUGCCACAACACGAGACCAACUGACGACCAUAAGUGGUCCACCAUCAGCAUUGCAGGAAUUCCUUUCCAAGGCGUCUGAAGGGCUGCGAUCACGGUAUCUGGAUAUCCAGUCGCCAUUCCACGCGCCGAGCUUAUUUGAUGAGUUAGAUGUGGACAACAUUAUUAGCCCGGUUGCCGAAGAAGCAGAGCCUCGUGUCCCGAAGAUUCCACUUCUGUCAUCAUCAACGGGAGAUGUUAUCAAUGCCCCGUCCUUUGAACAGCUUCUUCGCCUGGUGGUGCACGAGACCCUUCGGCAACCAAUUCGGUGGGAGAUGGUGGUAUCUUCGUGUUGCUUGCUCCUGGCCGAAGCGAAGACACAACAGUGCACCAUCAUUUCAUUUUCAAGUCACGCUGCAUCGAUGCUCAGCAAUGCCUUGACGGUCGACACUGACAUGCAAGUGAGUGUUGAACACGUAGCACAGUCCCAGCGGCAAUCGGACAGCUCUUCAGGUAGCUUUGCACAUUCCAAGAUUGCCAUUAUCGGCUACUCGGGUCGAUUUCCUGACGCUGCUUCCAACGAAGCAUUCUGGGAGCUGCUUCGCGCCGGACGAGAUGUUCACCGCGAGAUCCCAGCUGAUCGCUUUAACUGGGAAACACACUAUGAUCCGACGGGCAAGCGCAAGAAUAGCAGCCGCGUCAAGUAUGGCUGCUUUAUUGAGGAGCCAGGCGUAUUUGAUGCUCGCUUCUUUAAUAUGUCGCCGCGAGAGGCAGCAAAUACAGAUCCAGCGCAGCGGUUGGCCAUCACGACCACUUUUGAAGCCAUAGAAAUGGCCGGGCUUGUGAGGAAUCGUACCCCAAGUACGCAACAGGAUAGGGUUGGUGUCUUUUUUGGCACUACAAGCGAUGACUGGCGUGAGGUGAACAGUGGCCAGGAUGUCGACACCUAUUUCAUCCCUGGAGGCAACCGUGCCUUCGUACCCGGCCGCAUCAGUUACUUCUUUCGAUUUUCCGGUCCCAGCUUGAGUAUCGAUACAGCCUGCUCGUCCAGCUUCGCUGCAAUCCAGACUGCCUGUAGCUACCUCUGGAGAGGCGAAUGUGACACUGCCAUCGCCGGGGGCACCAAUAUCCUUACGAAUCCCGACAACUUCGCUGGAUUGGACCGUGGCCACUUUCUCUCAACUACUGGGAACUGCAACCCGUUUGAUGAUGAAGCCAGCGGGUAUUGCCGUGCCGAUGCCGUGGGAUCAGUGAUUCUUAAGCGGCUAGAAGAUGCUGAAAUAGAUAAUGAUCCGAUAUUUGGUGUUAUUGUUGGGACUAACACUAACCACUGUGGCCAGACCGACAGCAUUACUCGUCCACAUGAGGGAGAUCAAGCAAGCGUGUUUAGACGCAUUAUGAGACAUGCCAAUAUCGAGCCCCUUGACAUUAGUUAUAUUGAGAUGCAUGGCACAGGUACGCAGGCAGGUGACCUGACAGAAAUGAAUUCGGUUUUGUCAGUGUUUGUGCCAGGGACAAAGCGUACGCUCGCACAACCUCCCAGGCCACUGUAUGUAGGCUCAGCAAAGGCAAAUAUUGGACAUGCUGAAUCGGCAUCCGGAGUUUCGUCAUUGAUCAAGGUGCUCAUGAUGAUGAAGAACAGCGAGAUUCCGCCGCACUGUGGAAUCAAGACCCGCAUCAACCACAACUACCCCCGGGAUCUCGCUGAGCGCGGAGUACGCAUCGCGCUUAGUCCAACCCCUUGGCUGAGAGAAGAGACUAUUUCUGGUAAACGGUCAGUCUUUUUGAAUAACUUCAGUGCCGCUGGUGGAAAUACUGCUGUCUUGUUGGAGGAUGCUCCUCAAACAGUCAACGCACCGAAUGCCGGGGAUGACGCCAGACCCGUACACCUCGUUGCAGUAACGGCCAAGACCAAAAGCUCUCUACUUGGCAAUCUCAAGGCGCUUUCAUCAUGGCUUGAGGAGAAUCCAACCAUUUCACUACCUGAGCUCUCGUACACCACGACAGCGCGCCGCAUGCAUCAUAACUAUAGGACAAUAGUUUCGGGCGCGGACAUACCGUCUGUUCUGUCCAAUAUCAAGAAACAAGUAUCAGCACUGAGCCAGGCAGCCAUUAGGCCGAUCCCAUCGUUAGAAAAGACUCCAAACUUGGUGUUUGCGUUUACUGGCCAGGGUACACUAUACACGGGUCUAGGCAAGUCGCUCUACUUCACCCAUGCCUCAUUCCGUUCAAGCAUCCUUCGCCUGAAUCGCCUCGCACAGAGCCAGGGAUUUCCACCAUUUAUCGAACUAGUGGAUGGUAGCCAGCCAGCGGAGAAUGCGAAAGACACCAGGGCGGUAGUCUCACAGCUCGCCUUAACUUGCGUACAGAUGGCCUUGUUUGAGCUCUGGGCAAGCUGGGGUCUGACUGCCUCAGCAGUAAUCGGUCAUAGCCUGGGAGAAUACGCCGCAAUGUACGCCGCAGGAGUCGUCACUGCAGCAGAUGCCAUCUAUCUCGUUGGCUGCCGGGCAAACUUGCUUGAAGAGCAUUGCUUGCCUGGUACCAAUGCGAUGCUUGCAGUCAAGGCACACUCGGAUGCUGUGACGAAGUUGAUUCGCAAUACUGGCUGCGAACUCGCGUGUGCCAAUCAACCAACAGGUCAUGUAAUAAGUGGCCGGAUCGAAGAUAUUUGUCGUACUGAGAGUAAAGCUGCCGCUGCGGGUCUAGAGACUAUCAGAUUGGAGCUUCCAUAUGCAUUUCACUCAGCUCAUGUCGAACCCAUUCUCGCCCCGUUCAAGGCCGCCGCAUCACGAGGAGUGACGUAUUGUGCACCUACGAUUCCCAUCAUGUCACCCUUGGAAUCCAGAGUGGUUCACGCUGGAGAGAUUGGCGUAUUUGAUGCAUCUUACCUUGUCAGUGCCUGUCGUGGCACCGUUGAUUACCGAGGCGCUCUUGAGGCGGCCAGAACAGACGGGUUGGUCAAUGAGCGUACCGUUUGGCUCGAGGUCGGAGCCCAUCCUUCAUGUGGUGGCAUGAUAAAGGGUACACUUGGAACCGAAUCCAGCACUUUAGCAUCGCUACGGAAGAACGUCGAUGCCUACAAGACACUGGCUUCGUCGCUCCAGAGCCUGUACCUGGUGGGAUUCGACAUCGCUUGGAAUGAAUACCAUCGGCAUUUCCCGUCUUCCCAAAGGGUUAUCGAACUCCCUAGAUAUGCCUGGGAUUUGAAAAAUUACUGGAUAAAGUACAGAAACGACUUUUGUCUGGCCAAAGGCGAAGGCCUAGUGCCGGCGUCGAGCGAAGAAGUUGCUCCUCGACAUACCCUAGAAGCGCCGGACACGCCGCAGUAUAAAUACCUAUCGCCAUCAGUGCAGAAGGUGCUCGAGGUGUCUCAUGGUAAAGAGCUGUCGUCACUACUGAUAGAGUCUGACGUAUUCAACGAGAGAUUGCUGCCUGUCUUCCAAGGCCAUGUGGUAAAUGGCACUCAACUCUGUCCUUCGUCCUUGUAUGCCGACAUUGCCUUGACCAUGGCGCAAUACAUGCUCCAAGGUCCGGGCCUGUCGUCCUCAACAACGGGUCUCGACCUGACGGAUGUUAAGGUUGACGCGCCUCUCAUUGCUCAACCUACAGAAAAUACGCAUCUCUUCCGCGUCUCCGCAAAAGCAGCCUGGACCAAUAAUCUGAUAUCCAUGUCGAUCUUCAGUGUCAAUAGCAGAGGUGAGCGUACAACGUCGCAUGCCAAACUCGAAGUGCGGGUUGUGCCGGAGCAGAAUUGGAUUUACGACUGGAAGCGCAAUACUCACUUGAUCAUGUCUCGUAUAGAAGCAUUGAAUCAGGGCAUUCAUGGGGGCAACAGCCACAAGCUGAAGCGUGGAAUGGUCUACAGGCUAUUCGGGGCGGUGGUGGAGUAUAGCAAGGAGUACCAGGGUAUGGAGGAGGUGGUUCUGGAUAGCGAGAGGCUCGAGGCAGUGUCAACUGUCAAUUUUCAGACUGCAGAGGACGGCUUUGUGGUAAACCCACACUGGAUUGAUAGCCUUGGAGGCAUUGCAGGCUUCGUCAUGAACGGCAAUGAUGCUGUCGAAAGCAAGAAGCAAGUGUUCAUUAACCACGGAUGGGAGCGACUACGAAUCGCAGAAAAGCUGGACCAAACUAAAACAUACCAUGCAUACAAUAGAAUGCAGCGAGCUGAGAAGAGAAUGUAUGUGGGUGAUACAUACGUCCUGCAUGAGGAACGUAUCGUGGCAAUUAUCGAAGGGGUAAAGUUUCAAGGAAUUCCGCGUCAAGUCCUUGACCGUGUUCUGCCUCACCAAACUUCAUCUAGUCGACCGGCACAAGCGAAUGGUUCCCAAAAGACCCGCACGAAAGCAGCUGAUGUAUUGGAACAAGGACUUCAGGACGCAUACUCGAUAGAGAGUGCCCUAAAAUCGGGAGAUAAAGCCAGACCUUCAUCUACACUUGUUGGCACAAUCUUAACCAUCAUCUGCCAGGAAGUUGGGCUCUCCCUAGUCGAACUACAACCGGAGAGCGAAUUUACUGAACUUGGGGUUGAUUCGCUUCUUUCACUCACUAUUGUGACAAGAGUUCGUGAGGAGUUGCAGGUAGAUCUCUCGCCGUCUCUUUUUGUCGACUACCCAACAGUCGCAAGUCUGGAGGCCUUGGUUGGAACCCAAACACCGGAUUCAGGUGACGAUAUAAGAACGCCAGCUUCACAUUGUGACUCUCCUAUCACUAGCUGUAGUGAAGACACCAAUAUUACCGUCCCAAUAUCUGGGGUCGAGCCCGGUGUUGCUAGCGGGGUCCCUGAGCGUGUAAAGGAAACACUCGCGAUUCUUAGACGCGCGAUAGCGGAGGAGACAGGCGUGUCACUUGCCGACUUAGUCCCUUCCACUUGUCUUGCCGACAUAGGUAUCGAUUCACUACUCUCUCUCACCAUCAUGGCCAAGAUUGAUGAGACCCUCGGGGACUCGAUACCCCGUGAACUCAUUGCGAACCACACCACUCUCCAAGAGGUGGAAGAGGCGGUCCUCGGCUCACUGGGGUUGACCCUAUUGAAAGACAAACCAGCGGCCUCCCAAUCUUGCAGUGCAUCACAAGACUACCUGUGUGAGGGACAUCAUUUGGAGAAUUGCCAGCCUGCCGUUUCCUCGCCACCGAACGCAACAUCUAUCCUCUUGUCUGGUUCUACAGACACUGCGAGAUCUCUCUUGUUCUUGCUUCCAGAUGGUUCCGGAUCUGCCGCCUCCUAUGCCGCGCUGGCGCCUAGUAUCGGCUAUGGGAUUGCUGUUUAUGGUCUCAACUGCCCAUGGCGGAAAACGGCAGAGGAAAUGACGCGCUUAGAUAUCGAUAUGGCCACCCUCGCAGCAAAGUAUGUCAUUGAGAUCAGACGGCUACUUCAUCAACGCCACAAGUCCAACGCCCGCCAGCUUCCUUUCGCUAUUGGUGGUUGGUCCGCAGGCGGUAUCAUUGCGGUCGAAGCAGCCCGCUACCUGAAAGGCUUAGGAGAGAGCGUGGACAAGCUCAUCUUGCUCGACUCGCCGAAUCCUAUUGGGCUGCAGAAUCCGCCACAGAGGAUGUACGACUUCUUUGACUCUAUUGGCAUCUUCGGCGGUGGGCGCAACAGAAUGCCUGACUGGCUGCGGUCGCACUUCAGCGCGUUCAUCCAUAUCCUUGAUAAAUAUGAACCCACGGCGAUGCCGGAUGCUCCACCGACACUCGUGGUGUAUGCAAGGGAUGGCGUUUGCAAGGACCCCAACGGACCUCGUCCCGAAAUACGCCCCGAUGAUCCUCGCGAGAUGCUGUGGUUACUGAAUAACAGGACAGACUUUACUGCCGGUGGCUGGUCAAGUUUGCUUGGGAGGUCGAAUCUAACCAUACGGGUUAUGGACGAUGUCAACCACUUUAGCCUCAUGGAUGCGGGUCCUGGUAUGAAGACACUAGGCGAUACUAUUGAAGGCUUUUUGUCUUGA